GUGGAUAUAAAGCGUGUGUGUAUAAGCACGUACGUAGUGCCGUACGGCUGUUAAUUCUAGUUUCGUAGUGGGUAUAGCUAAGAUUGGGGAUGGAGUGAGUGCAGAGAGGGAUGAGCGUGUGUUAACUUGGUAGUGUCGUUUGGGUCGUUGCCCCAAUUGCAGUGUGUGGUUGUUGAGAGUCCCACCAUCGUUUGAGUGUGUGCCUCGUUUCACCCCUUUUUCCCCUCAUCUCUCUCUGACCCCGUUCUCAUGUCAGCUCGCCCGUCAACCUGAUCGCAGUGUGCUGUUUGUGGGUAAUCAUACCAUCUAUGGCUUUUACGACACCCCACUGCUGCUCUACGAGCUGUACAUGCGAGGGUUCAAAUGUCGCUGCCUUGCGCAUCCCAGCUUCUGGCUGCAGCAGUCUCUAGGAGAGCUCUUGGAAAGCUUCGGCCAUGUCAAGCCUUCACCUCGUGCUCUUUAUAACCUUCUCAAAGAGGGAGGGCCCGUGCUGGUGUUCCCAGGAGGCUCCAGAGAAACAUGCCGGCUAAAGGGUGAGAAGUAUCAGCUGAUGUGGGGGCGGAUGCGGGCAAGAGCAGCAGAAGCAGAAGAAGCAGUGAUCGUAGAGAGGGGGCGUCGCAGCAGACUGUGCAUGGGGACAGUGGACUCAUUCGCAUGGCAGCCAAGCUUGACACCAUCAUUGUGCCCUUCGCCAUGGUCGGGGCUGACGAUGCCUAUGACAUUGCCGCGGAUCGCAGUGACAUCCUCUCUUCCCCCAUCGGCCCGCCCGUUCGCGGCUUAUACGAGUCCCUUAACCUCAACCCGGCCACUGACGUCAGCCCCAUGACUGUUCUCCCCGGCACCAGCCUCCCCAGCCUAAUUCCCCUGCCGAGUCGUCUGGAGAGAGUGUACUUUUACUUCGGCACCCCCAUUGAUUUCAAGGAGCUGCCACCGUCGGCGAUCAAGGUGUGACGGCACGAUGCGUGUGCCAAUACGUGCACGGAUAUGCAUGGUUGAGUGCAUUGGUAGAUGGGGGAGAGUGUAUCAUCACUUCGGCACCCCCAUGCUCGUGAUGCUCAUGAUGCUCGUGGCAUGCACAUGGCGUCAUGGAUUGACGGGCAUGGCACUCGUGAACAUUCACGAAGGCAUGGGAGCAUGAAUGUUCGUGGGAGCUCACAUGGGCACAUGGGUGCAUGAACGUGCUGCCACCUUCAACUCGCCUCCAGCCCGCAUGCCUCAUUCCUUCACCCGAGCACCGUCAUUCCUCUCACUCUCCAUUCGCCCAUGUGUCCUCAGCCUGCUCUGCUGCACCAUCACGAACCGUGCCCAUCCUGCCACACGCUCUGAAAUGAUUCCUGCC